GCUUAAAACAAGACAACGAGAUCAGGAGCGAGUAUUAAUUUGGUGCAAGUGAAUCUGGUGACAAUUAGGAAUGGCAAAUCGGGGAGGCACAGCGCGACCCAAUGGACCAGCUGCUGCUAACAAAAUCUGCCAGUUCAAGCUUGUUCUACUUGGAGAGUCUGCUGUUGGCAAAUCUAGUUUAGUCCUUCGUUUUGUGAAGGGACAGUUCCAUGAAUAUCAAGAAAGUACUAUUGGUGCUGCUUUCCUAACUCAGACUGUAUGCUUGGAUGACACAACUGUGAAGUUUGAAAUAUGGGAUACGGCAGGGCAAGAAAGAUAUCACAGCUUGGCACCAAUGUACUAUCGAGGAGCACAGGCUGCCAUAGUGGUAUACGAUAUUACAAAUGAUGACACUUUUGUACGGGCCAAGAACUGGGUUAAGGAACUUCAGAGGCAAGCAAGUCCUAACAUUGUUAUAGCUUUAGCAGGAAACAAGGCUGAUCUUGCUAACAAGAGAGCAGUAGAGUUCCAGGAAGCACAGUCCUAUGCAGAUGACAACAGUUUAUUAUUCAUGGAGACAUCUGCAAAGACUUCAAUGAAUGUGAAUGAAAUAUUUUUGGCAAUAGGUAAGCUUGAUCACAAUGGAAGGAACUUCUUAUAAUUUGCAACCUGUAGU